UACUGGAUGAAAGAACUUGAACUUGAAAUCAAAGGUAGAAAUCUAACAAAUGACAAAAAUACUAACACCAUCCUAAAAAUAACUUCUUAUUUCACCUGGAUGAAUUGAAUUACCUAUUUAAAAUGCAACCAGGUAAAUCCGUAAUCUGUAGUCGAUCCAAGGUUGUCUUGCAUUGAUUGCUGUGCCAGUGGAAUGCCGUAGUCUUCAAUGAUAUUUUUAACUGACGUCACAUUGUUUAUAUUUACACGGGCGGUACAACCCUCCUUUCAUUUCCCGGUUCUUUGCGAUGGAUGAACACGUGCUUUCUCAUGACAUCCCGUUCAGUUCUGUAUACGUGAAGUGGUUCUUGAUCACCGUUGCAGUUUAUUACAUUUUACCUUGGGUGAUUAAAAAACUGUGGUACUUUUACGUUACCUUUAAUUGUGAUUCAGAGGGAUCUACCAAACCGUUACCCCCAGGGACAUUAGGAUACCCGAUUAUAGGAGAAACCAUCGAGUUUGUGAAAAAGAAUGCAGACUUCUACACAGAAAGACGUCUGAAGUAUGGUGACGUAUACAUGACUCACACCCUAGGCAGACCCACCAUCCGGGUAUCUGGCGCAAGUCACUUACGUGUAAUUCUUACGGGAGAGAAUACUCUAGUUACCUCACAAUGGCCAUCCUCCAUUAGAAAGGUGUUCGGCGAAGGGUGUUUGGCAAUGGCAGAAGGGAAUAUGCAUUCAUUUAGAAAAAAAAUCAUUAUGAAGGCUUUCACCCACGAAGCAUUAGAAAACUACAUACCAUCUAUGAUAGACAUCACACGCAUUUAUCUUCGGAAAUGGAUGUCGGUUAAAGAGAUCCAUGGUCAUGAUGAGUGUAGAGAGUUGGCCUUUGCUUUAGCAUCUAAACUAUUGGUUGGAUCUGAUUUCAACCAAAAAUAUGUAUCUUACCUCUCGGAAAUUUUUGAAAAUAUGGUUAACAAUAUGUUCUCUCUUCCUUUUUUGAUACCAGGACUCGGUCUUUGGAAGGCUUUAAAGGCAAAGGAAACAUUGCACAAGGAAAUAGCGAAGUGUAUAGACAAGGUAGAGAGAGAGGGGAGUCAGCAGUCAUUUAGAAGUGCUAUUCAUCAUAUCCUGGAGCAGAAAGACUUCGGAAAGUAUGGCAAACAAGAGUUUAUAGAUGCCGUGCAAGAACUCUUCUUCACGGGAUAUGACAGCACUUCUAGCACCUUGGCAAGCGUAUUCCUCUACCUCGGUAGACACCCAGAAGUCUUGCAGCACGUACGUGAAGAAUUGGAUGAUGCAGGAAUCUUACAGUGCUCAUCAGACGAAUUCCAGCCAUCAUUAGAUAAGAUAUAUCAGCUAAAGUAUUUGUAUUCUGUUGUCCGUGAAAUUCUGCGAAUCAUAUCGCCGGUUGGAGCUGGGUAUCGCAAAGCCUUAAAAACAUUUGAAGUUGGGAAUUAUCGAAUACCCAAGGGAUGGACGAUAGCUGUCGGAUAUAGGGAUACACAUCUUUCCUCUCCUGUGUAUAAAGACCCAAAUGCCUUUGAUCCUUCUCGAUGGGAAACGCUUCCAAAUUUAGACAGUCGAGAUGGUGAUUCCCAUAUUGACCGCAUGAAUUACACCGUUUUCGGGGCUGGAUCGAGGUUUUGUGUGGGAAAGGAAUAUGCCAAGCUAGUUAUCCGGGUUUUUGUGAUUGAACUAGCUCGCACCUGUGACUGGAAGUUACAUAAUCCUUAUUCAAAAAUGAUUUACAUUCCAAGCCCCAAAGUUAUCGACAAACUACCACUAACAAUUUGGAAACGUGACUGUAGUAUCUAGUUUUCAGGAAGAAGCUUUCUUAAUUAGGAAAUUGAGACUAGCAACACUGUCACAAGCAUGUGCAAUUUUACAUAAUUAAUAUACAUGUACCGGUGUUUCGAAACAAUCUCGGUGAAACAUUUUGAUUUAUGACCAUUUUGUAGUCUGGCAAGUUUAUUUAAUGUUGAUAAAUGCCUCUGUCAUAAGUAGGUUAUUGGGGAAGUUGUUCACGAAAUUAUGAUAAUAUGUUACGUAUAAAGAUUCCAUAUUAGCGGAUCAUCUUUAAUCAAUUUAUGUUUCAUCUUCAGGUAAAUUUUAUAAUACACCAAAUUACUUAAUUAACUUUUCCAACUUUCUCCUUUAGAUUUGGAAAAGAAACAAUUCUAAAAAAAAAAUUAUGUGAAAUACAAAAUUAACUUAGAAUGUUAAAUUAUUUUUAAGCAAAUCCUUUAUGUCUUUAAAUCUAGUAUAUUGAAAAGUCAUUAGUUCAAAUAUUAAUUUCAAAGUUACACACAAAAUAAUGUUGAUGCUGCAGAACACCCUUGAGUUACAUCCAUAACAUUCGUUCUUAACCGUUUUAUUUUUACAUUUUAUUUUGAUGAUAUGAAAUACUCUGAAUCACACUGUUUUGAAUUUACGUCUAGGGGUAAAUAGUUGCCGUGUGCCAUUUAGUCUCACUGGUGUGGUGUUUUUGGGAGGUGGGGGUGGGGUGUUUUUCAAUGGAUUUUGGAAACCCAUUUUUAAGAACUUCCUUACAUUUAUCUCGUAUGAUAUAAAUGAUAUUGAAUUAUACCCUGUCUUGACGAGAUUAUUCAUUGCAUAUGAUUUUAUGUUGUUAGGGAAAAGACCAGUCUGAAAGUAGUGCCAUAUGGAUGUUCCUACAUAUUGAGUUUUACAUGUACAGUGUUCAGUGUAGGAUCAUGUAAACCGAGUGAAAAAAAAAUAGUCAUAGAGAAUAUACAUACACGUGUAUUUGCAUCUUCGUUUGUUGUCUGAACAUUUUAAUAUAUUUAGAAAAAGUGAUGUUGUACACAGUUCAACUACUAACCUGCACAUUUAUAACCGAACAUAGUCAGCCGCAAAUUAGUUUGGCAUAGCAAAAAUCAGGACAGUCUCAACUGAUGCCUUACAAAUCAUUUACAUUAAUUCGUUAUACGAAAAACGUUUUCAAGUUUGAAAAUGAUUGGAAAUUUAUUGUUUGCUGUAGACAAAAUACGGAUUAUAAAGCUUUAAUACUUUUAUUAAACAUAGACGAAUUUGUUUUUAUUAAAUUGCAUAUUCUUUGUUAUAUCAAUUUUAAAUGCGUUUUCGUGUUUACAUGAUUUUGAAAUGGAAAGAACAUAAAUGUAAUAAUAUUGUUAUACUUUGAAGUUCUUUUUAUUUGACAUUAUAUACUAAUAACUAGAUGAAUAUACAUCAAUCAUAAUUAUUUUACACUGACACCGGUAAUAUAUAUAUAUAUAUUUAUUGUGAUUAUAUAAAAUUUGAUUUUACAUUAUUAUUU